AUGAUGACCCAUGAUAUCGAAAAAUAUCCCCCUCAUGCUCCCCAGGAGCCUCUGAGCGACAAGGCUGCAGGCGCUGAGCCUUUCGAACUCAACCAACAUGUCAAAGCCGACAAGCUCGCCCGUAAGCUCUCCGCCCGACAGGUGCAGAUGAUCGCCAUUGGCGGCACAAUCGGGACGGGCCUGUUUCUGGGAACGGGAAAAGCUCUGGCGACGGGUGGUCCGGCGUCGAUGCUUAUAUCGUAUGCCAUAUGCGGUGGGAUUGUGUUUGUCACGAUGUUGAGUUUGGGUGAGAUGGCGGCGUUUAUUCCCAUUGCGGGUUCGUUCUGUACUUUUGCAGGUCGCUUCGUCGACGAUGCUCUUGGGUUCGCUCUGACUUGGAAUUACUGGUUUAAUGAUGCUGUCUCGACGGCGGCGGAUGUCAUUGCACUGCAACUAUUGCUGCAGUAUUGGACGGAUAACUUCCCAGGCUGGGCGAUCAGUUUGAUCUUUCUGAUUGUUGUUAUUUUAUUCAACGUGAUGUCUGUGAGAGUCUACGGAGAGGUUGAAUACUGGCUCAGCUUACUGAAGGUCAUCACGAUUAUAAUUUUCAUCAUUCUCGGGAUUGUUGUCAACUGCGGGGGCAAUAAGGAGCACAAAUACAUUGGUGACAAGUACUUCUAUGUCGGCGAUGCCCCCUUCGUGGGUGGAAUCGGUGGAUUCGCCUCCGUCUUCGUCACGGCAUCGUUUGCUUAUGGCGGCACGGAAUCCAUCGCCAUCACAGCGGGAGAAACCAAGGACCCAGCCAAAAACCUGCCCCGUGUUGUCCGCAAUGUCUUCUGGCGGAUCGUCCUCUUCUACAUCAUCUCCAUCAUUCUCAUCGGUCUGAAUGUGCCCUACAACUACCCCAACUUGUCGAAGAAAACCACCGCCACCAGCCCGUUCACCAUCGUCUUCAUGGAAGCCGGCAGCGCCAUCGCAGGCAGCUUCAUCAACGCCGUGCUAAUGACAAGCGUCAUCUCCGCCGCCAACCACGCCCUCUUCGCCGGGUCCCGGCUUCUCUACACCCUCGCGGUAGACGGCCACGCCCCCCGCUUCUUUGGCCACCUCAACCGCUUCCAGAUCCCCUGGGUCGCCGUGCUCGCCACCUCCCUCAUCAGCGGCCUAUGCUUCGGAGCCAGCUACAUCGGAGCCGGCCAGCUCUGGACAUGGUUGCAAAACAUCGUCGGCGUCUCCAACCAAAUCUCCUGGGUCUGCAUCGGCAUCGCUUCCCUCCGCUUCCGCGCCGCCAUCCGCCGCCAGAACCUCGAACACCUCCUCCCCUUCAAGAACUGGACAUACCCCGUCGGCCCCAUCGUCGCCGUCAGCCUGAACAUCGUCCUGAUCCUCGUGCAGGGCUGGUCCUGCUUCAGCCCGUCCUUCCAGGCCGUCGACUUUGUGUCGUUCUACAUCGAGAUCCCGGUCAUGAUUGUCAUGUUUUUGGUCUGGAAGCUGGUUAAGCGGACGAGGUUCGUCCAUCUCGAUGAGAUGGACUUGGUUACGGAUCGGUAUGACCUUAAUGCGGAGCAUGAUGGAAGUAAUGGCGAUGGCGAUAGCCCGUCCCGGGUUGGGAGGAUUCUGCAUAUCAAACAGUUGCAGAGUGAAAAGGGCGUACUUGGGAAGCUUAAGCGAGUUGGGAUGUGGUUGUUCUUAUAG